AUGGAUCUCCACGAGGACUACGAGUCGCCGUUUGACUUCAAUUCUGGAGUGAACAGGAACUACCUUUACCUGUCGCCCGGCAUCAACAUUUCUCCGCCUGGCUCGCCCGUGCUGAAGACCUCCGGACUGCUGCAAACUGACUCUAUACCCGAGGUUGGAGAGGAUGCUGCUGCUACAGUCGGUAUGUCAGAAGUGCUGUCAGAAGAAGAACAGGACGAACUAAGAAAAGAACUUGCUAAGGUAGAGGAAGAGAUCCAGACGCUUUCACAAGUACUAGCUGCCAAAGAGAAGCAUCUAGCAGAAAUCAAGAGGAAGCUGGGAAUUAACUCCUUGCAGGAAUUAAAGCAGAACAUCACCAAAAGCUGGCAAGAUGUCACGUCAACGACGGCCUACAAGAAGACCUCAGAAACCCUGUCUCAGGCUGGUCAGAAGGCCUCUGCUGCUUUUUCAUCCGUUGGCUCAGUCAUAACCAAGAAGUUUGAAGAUGUGAGACUGCAAGCAUUUUCACAUUCCUUUAGUAUACGCUCCAUACAGCAUUCAAUUAGCAUGCCUAUUAUGAGAAAUUCUUCAACUUUCAAAUCGUUUGAGGAGAAAGUUGAAAACUUGAAGUCCAAAGUUGGAGGAAGCAAGGCCGCGGGGGGAGACUUUGGAGAGGUUCUGAAUUCUGCCGCCAACGCGAGUGCCACAGAAACGCUCGCGGAGCAGACGCAGGAGGAGACCCCCUGA